AUGGUAUCCUUCUCCUCCAAGAAGAUGAGGAAGAUCAUCAGUGAGCCUUCACUGGCUGCCUACGCGACAAGGAAGCACUCGCCGUCCCUGUCGCGCCGUUGGAAGAACAGUUUCUCUGUCUCCGUUAAAGGUCCAAGGCGUGGAUAUCCUCCCGAGGCUCCGAUUUCCGACUUUGCUGAGGACGCUGAAGCCGCUGAACAUCGUAAAGAGAAGGAUUGCUCAUUCUUGCAGGAACCUGUGCAUGCGGAACCACUCCGAUGUUCAUCCAGUCACGAAGGGAGACAGUUUAUAAAUAUCGUGUUGCCUGUCAGUGUGGACACGGUCUUCCAGUUCCUCUUCACUGCCUCCAAGUUUCAAAUGGACUUCAUAGCCCUUCGAGAAUCUUUCGAUGUAAACCUCGGCGAAUGGACAGAGGACGAGAAUACGAGUGAAAAGACUCGCAGUCUGUCAUGUCAGGUCCAACUGAACAAUCCUCUUGGUCCGAAGACAGCGUUGUCCAAACAAAACCAGGUGCUGGACAAAGCCUCUAGACCAGGGUAUCUGUAUGCAGUAGAUUGUGAGGUCAACACUCAUGGGAUCCCUUAUGGCGACAGCUUCUUUGUUCAUUUACAUUUCUGCAUUACUCGUAUAUCUGCAUCUCAAUCCUCGCUCCUCCUCUUUGGCCAAGUCAAGUACCGGAAGUCUAUAUGGGGCUUGAUCAAGAACUUCAUCGAGAAGAACACAUACGCCGGAAUGGAAGAACACUACGCACAAUUGGCUUCCGAGUUACUUCGAGCUACUGGAGCGGACAUGGACGGGAUGACACAAGUCCGGGGACGACGGACAUCCGAACACGAACACGAACACGAUCUGAACACGAACGAGACGCGAGACGCCCAGAGCCCAGAAUCCCCACUCGCCCGAAUGCCAUCGUAUCGGCGACUGAGUCAUCGGAUGAUAUCACGAAAGGAGAGAUCGACGUAUUUAUCUUCCCCUGGUCUCUUGAAAAUGAUCGCCAUUCUACUCACGGGGAUCCUUAUCUCCAACGUCUGCCUAUUCUACCAGCUGAGAAUCGUUGAGGAUCAGGCAAAACUUUCAAGUAGACCUAUCGUCGCGUUUCAAGAUGAGCUGGUGUCUGGUGAGAAGAUGUCAUCGGAUGCAGUCUUGGCAGAAGUUCUCAAGUACAAGGAAACACUGCAUCGGCAGGAAAUCUCUCAGUGGAAAGAUAUCAUCGCGAUGGCCACUGCUAUCCUCAAGAAGGUUUUCCUCUUCCAUGAUGACCAGCCUUUGUCGGGUGGAAAAUCAGACACAAGUUUCAUUCUUAGUUUUGUCACAUCACUCCAUUUAAUGAUUCCCAUGUUCUCUGGAGGCAUGGGUUGA